AUGGGUGAUCUUGUGAAUGCUACAGAAGCAGCGUCUCUUGCUGUGAGAUUUGAUCAGUUGAAGCAAAUAGACAAAGCUGUAGAAUGCUAUAGAACUGCUGCCAGGUUGUUGGACCGGAUUCGGGAUAGGUUUCCUGCCGAAAAGCAGGCUGAAGUAAAGCGAAAAGUUGAAGAAUAUCUGAAGAGAGCCAAUGCCUUACAGGAGCAAAAAGGAGCUCAACAAGCAGAGAGUGAGCGUAGCAUGCAACAAUGCUACUUCCUUAUGCAGCAAGCUCUUGAUGCUGAUGAAGCUGACCUUAAGGACUUGGCUUUACAGCUUUACACACAGGCUGUGGAGCUUGCCGUUAGUGUUAAUGUAAGUGAUCCAGAUAUAAAAGCAAAAAUAAAUGCUGUGGCCAAACAGGCUUUGGACAGAGGAGAAGAGUUGAAAGGUAUCAAUAAAAUUGGUGCUUUGUCCAUCCAUGAUACUAGGAAACCUGGAGUAACACCAAACCGCACAAUAUUACAACACCAACAAAGUGUAACAAGUCAAUUAAAAGUGAGUGGCAAACACACUUACACCGAGGAAGAAAAAGAUGUGUUGCGUAAAACAUCCAAUAUUAAUAACAAUUGCUUCCUUCCAUUUAUGGACGUGGAUUACUCGGAAAAAUUUCAAUUUGCUAUACCAUUUGAAGAUAGAGCUAGUGAAUUGAAACUGUCUUCUAAACAAGCUAGUGAAUUUAGCAGUUGGGUGCGACCGCAUGAGAUUUGCAGCGACCCGAAAAUGAUUGUUGGAGACUGCGUCGAUUGUUUCAGUAUAAAACAGACGAUAGUAUCAGACUGUUCUUUCGUAGCUUCUCUGGCGGUGAGCGCGAUUUACGAACGGCGGUUCAAAAAGAAGAUCAUAACGUCCAUUAUUUAUCCAAAAAAUCGGAACAAGGACCCAGUGUAUAAUCCUUUCGGGAAAUAUAUGGUGAAGUUGCAUUUGAAUGGAGUAAGGAGAAAGGUGAUCAUAGACGAUAGGUUGCCCUACAGCCGAUAUGGGCGCCUGCUUUGCUCAUACUCAAGCAAUAAGAAUGAAUUCUGGGUUUCACUAUUGGAGAAAGCGUAUAUGAAAGUUAUGGGCGGAUAUGAUUUCCCUGGAUCUAACAGUAAUAUAGAUCUCCACGCGUUAACGGGCUGGAUCCCAGAGAGGUGCGCUAUCCGUAAUGACGAUACAGAUUUCAACGCAACCGCCCUGUUCGACAUCAUUCAGAAGCGACUCGAUCGGGGUGACGUACUAGUGACAGUUGCGACGGGACCUCUGUCAGACGCCGACGCGGAACGUACAGGAUUGGUGGCAACGCAUGCCUAUGCUGUACUCGACGUCACUUCCGUUGAUGGCGUGAAACUUUUAAAACUAAAGAACCCCUGGUCCCAUUUAAGGUGGCGGGGCAAUUAUUCAGAACUGGACACAAUACAUUGGACCAAUGAUCUCCGAGGACGGUUGAACUAUGACCCCGAUAGUGCAGCGCAGUAUGAUAAUGGAGUGUUCUGGAUUGACUAUGCGAGCAUUUUGAAGUUCUUUGACGUAUUCUAUCUUAAUUGGGACCCAGAUAUUUUUAGUUUCACGUCCUGCAUUCAUCAAAAAUGGGACGCUGGCGUAGGUCCAGUUCGUGACGCAUACAACAUAGGAGAGAACCCCCAGUUCUCACUGCACGUGCAGGGCAAAGGUGCCGUUUGGCUUCUACUUACGAGACAUAUCACGCAGAUCGAGGACUUCAGGGACAACCAGGAGUAUAUCACCUUGGUGGUGUAUAAACACGGUGGACGGAGAGUGUAUUAUCCAUACGACCCCCCACCUUAUAUCGACGGGAUCCGGAUAAACAGUCCCCACUAUUUAUGCAAAGUUAUAGUCGGAGAAAACAGCGCCGAUCGUUACACCCUAGUCGUGUCUCAGUAUGAGAAAACUCGCACUAUCUACUACACGCUACGGGCAUACGCCACUUGUCAAUUUUCGUUGGCUAAGAUUGAACCUUAUCGAUAUACUAAAUCAAUAAGCGGCGAAUGGUCCGGCCUAACUGCCGGGGGUUGUGAGAAUCACAGAGCGACUUACCCCAACAACCCCAAAUACGUAAUCACUGUACCGGAUUCCCGCGUCCCCUGCCACGUCACUGUUCAGUUGAGGGGGCCUAAGGAGUACCAGAUAGGAAUCGACGCGAGGGUGGAAAGUUUGGACGAUCCCAAUCAGACGGCGCCAUUUUUGAAAGAAUCUUCUGGCCCUUAUAGAUCAGGCUUUGUAAUACUCGAACUGAAGAACCUACCAGCCGGGCGUUAUAUCAUUACAGUAUCAACCUUCUACCCAGGAAAAGAAGGUCCAUUUAUGCUUGAUUUUAAAUCCACGUGCGAAAUAACGUGCGAGGCUCGCAACUAGAGAGGGCUUGGGAGACGAGAGCGUAUUCGAUUAUAUUGACCAAUAAGAUAUGAGACGACUUUCUUUGUCGACCCGCACUUAAUGCACAUUAAAAUUCGAAAAUAUACAGGGUGUUAGGGAAAGUAUCUGAAAGAUGAGAUAAGAGUGGUUGGACAUAGUUUUUCUUUCUGUGGCAAAUAAACAAUCAAAUUGUCUGUGAACACGAUAAAAAUAGACGCGAAUAUGUUACCCUAGUACUCGCUCUCAAAGUUGCCAGCUUCA